AUGGAGGCCCUGGGUGUAGCGCUUGGGGCAUUUCCUAUACUUAUCGAGCUAGUGAGAUAUUACAAGGCGCCCUUGAAGGAAUUCAAAGAACAUCCCGAGUCACUUAAAAAUUAUCGUUUCGAAAUCCAGCUGCAGCAGGAACGUCUGCGGUGUAUUGUUGGGCAAGUUCUGGGCCCGAAUCCCACAGAUGAUGAGUUGCUCGAAUACCUGCAGAGAGAGCAUCCACAAGCUGCUGAAGCGUACAUGCACUUCAUCAGCCGCAUGGGCAUGAUCACGAGUGAGAUUUUGAAACAGAUGGAGGUAGACCCUGCGGAAAGUAAAGACCCAAAGUUCGCUGCGAAGGUUCGACGAGGGUGGAGGAGGGUGAAAUAUAGCUUCGAUGCGAAGGAGCGGGAAAGGACAAAGGCGGAUCUCAUACGCAUAAUCGAUAUGAUCGAUGAUUUGCGCAAGGUACCUGCUCAAAACAAUAGGGAUCCUGAAGUGCAGCUCACAGCUAGCCGAUUCAACCCAUCUCAAUGCAACUCCGCCCGUGCGAGCUUCAAGUCUUUGCACAGAGCAUUGGGAUCAGAAUUUAGCUGUGAUUGUUCGAUCUCCCACCGAGCUGCCAUCGAUCUCGACUGGGAAACGGAUGAGAAUGCUGCUGCAGAAGCUUUCAACCUGAUGGUGUCCUACGCGAAAGGCCCUCAGAAGAAACUUGAUUCUUGGCGAGAGACCAAGAUCCGUAUUGUCGAUCCAUCGGAACCCGUGAAUUCUUCUCCCAAGGCUCCGGCAAAACUCUGCCAGAAGCUGAGCUCGAGCCUUGACUCCUCCGCUCCAUCAGACAAUCUCCAAGACCCGGAAGACGAACACCGACAGUUCAUUCUCAAUUGGAGCCCGGGAAAUCCCCGAGAAAUACAGGAAGCGGUUCCAUUGAAGCAGGUCAUAUCACUUCAGCAGCCCUUCGACCCAAGGAACUCUUAUCACUUGACCCUCAAACAGCGCCUUGGUGUCGCCGCCUCCCUUGCCUGGGCGGUGCUGCACUUAGGCGGGAGUCGUUGGUUGAAUGAUCAGUGGGCCGAUGAGCAAGCCCAGAUAUUUUAUGAGAACAACCCGGAAUCUGAUGUGGCGGUGCCUUCACAGCACCCCUAUGUCUCGUACAUCUUUCCCACACCGUCACCGGAAGAGCCAGUCGGGGAAGGAGUUCCACAAUCGAUUCCAAGGAGAACUGUCUAUGCUGUCGGAGUACUUCUCAUUGAACUCAGUAUCGAAAGACCCAUUUCAGAGGAGCUUCAACAGGGCUCGUGGUUCGAGAUUCACGAGUCAGUGUUGAAUUUCCUGCAACAGAUUGAAGAUACCGGUUUUGCCCCUUGUAGACGUGCAGCGGAGCGAUGUAUAAAGUUGUCAUUUGAGGUUUCUGUUCGGUCUCGGAGCUUUAACAACCAGGAUUUCCAGAAGGAAUUCUUCUAUACCGUGUUUGAGCCGAUCAAGGAUACAUACCUGAGAUUCCCCUGUUGA